GACUUAGAUUGUUAAAUUAGAAUGAUUUGGGGUUAAGUCGACUAUUAGGAGUAGUGUGCAGCUGUGGCUAGCGAAGAGACUUCUGAAUUUUUAAUUCAGAAAUGUCAUUUUUACUUCGAAACGUGCUGUCCAGACUGGAAAGUUGUUCUGGACGAAUCGCAAGAUUCAGUUCCGCAGCCCCAAAUGCCGAACACGGGCUUAAUUCUGAACCACCGAGUGUGGAACGACUAGAUGAAAGCCCCAUUAUUUCAACGACAAAAGCUAUCGAGGAGAAUCGGUUUUACGAAAAACCGAAACAAGUAUGGCUUGAGAAUUUGGACACCAUAGAAGAGAAGAAAUUGGGUUUAUUGAAACUGCACCCUGACAUCUUUGGUGCUCAACCGCGCAUUGAUAUCUUACACCAAAAUGUCAGAUGGCAAAGCAUGUAUAAGUUUGUUUCUUAUGCUCACACAAAAACGCGAGCUGAAGUAAGGGGAGGUGGAAGAAAACCAUGGCCACAAAAAGGUCUUGGUAAGGCACGGCACGGCAGUAUUCGUUCCCCAUUGUGGCGCGGUGGUGGCAUAGCACAUGGGCCACGCUCUCCGACAACAUACUUUUACAUGCUUCCUUUUUACACAAGAGUUUUGGGUCUUACUUCUGCUUUAACUGUAAAGUUUGCUCAGGAUGACCUUCACAUCGUGAAGGAUUUGCAUACCCCAACAAACGAACCAGAUUACAUCCAGGAUCUUGUUGAACAGAGGAAUUGGGGACCCUCUGUUCUGUUUGUAGAUGUCGACGACAUUAUGCCCACUAAUAUCGCAUUGGCAACUGAUCAAAUUAAGCACUUCAACCUUAUGCCUGUUUAUGGAUUAAAUGUUCACAGCAUGUUGAAGCAUGAUACACUGGUGCUGACACAAGGUGCUGCAAGAGAAAUCGAAGAAAAGUUACUCUACCAGUUCAAUAGAGCGAAAACGCAUGAAGUAAAUGCUAAGUUCAAGCUUAGUCAAAAGUAGUCCUGUAUGAAAUCAGUUUUUUUUUUAGUAUAAUAAAGAUACAAGAAAAUCAUUAUUUAAAA